AUGUCUGUUGCAGAAUCUAAUGCAAGUAAAAAGCGAAAAGAAAGAUCUGCUAUCACUUUAGAAAAGAAGGUUGAGAUUAUUAAAAAGAGGGAAGAAAAUACAAAGUUAAGCCAUCAGGAUUUGGCAAACCAAUAUCAUGUUGAUAGGUCAACAAUAAGCAAUAUAUUGCGGGAUAAAGAUAAAUAUCUUCAAUUAUAUAAUACUACUCCUCAUGCACAACAACGUGUUCGCGUACAAAAAGGACAGUUUCACAUUAUUGAUGAGGCUGUAUAUAAGUUGUUUUUAGAAUUUCGUUCUCAGAAUGUUCCUGUUUCUCAGGAUAUACUCAAAACCAAAGCACUUUCUAUAUAUGAACGUCUUAAAGAUGGUGGUGUAGAAUUUCCAUCUACAUUUAAUGCAUCUAAUGGUUGGGUAUUUGGAUUUCAGCAGCGAUUUGGUAUUAGUUCCAAGACCAUAUCUGGUGAAAGCGAAUCAGCUGAUAAGGCUGCAGUUGAAAGUGGCCGACGUC